UUCCCACGUGUUGCCUUCCUUAGCAUUUGCAACAAACUUUACGAGCAGAAGAAUUUCAUCGUUAAUCCUACCGUUAUUUUGUUACAAUGAAGAAAAUGAGAAAGAAAUCGGUAUUACCAGAAGCUCAAGACAACAAGAUGGAAUCACCAGAUCCAUCUCAAAUUGAAGAGCAAGAGGAGAAGAGUGUGAAAAUGACCAAGGGGCCUAAACGUCAAGCAGAAAGCAAAGUCUCAGAAAAUGGAGUCUUACAGCCACUCAAGAUGUCCAAACAGGAGCUGUAUAAAGCCCCCACAGUGGAAGAAUUCAACCAACUUAAGGAAGCUGAAAAUCUUUUCCACUGCAAUUUGUUAAAAAUGCAGAUGGAUGAACUCUUGAAGGAAGUGGCCCUAAGUGAGCACAGGAAAAACCUUCUGGAUUCUUUUGUGCAGCAGAUCACACAACUUUUGCAUAGUGUGCCUACAUCUGAAGUUGUAGAGUUGGAAGACCUUUCAUGGUUGUCAGGUGUUGAAGUCCCAUUCCUCUUCAUCCCAAAAGUUGCAAAAGGAAAGUUUCACAUGGAGCCUCCUGAAUCAGUCAACCUGGUGGGCAGUUAUCCCCUAGGCACGUGUAUCAAACCCCAAGUCUCUGUGGAUUUGGCAGUCACCAUUCCAGCUAGUAUUUUACACCCGAUGGAUGCCAUAAACCAGAAGUAUCCUCAGAAGAGAGCGCUGUAUCUGGCUGGUCUGGUGCAGCACCUCAUGUCUUCAAAGACUGUGGGUUCACUGCGCUUCUCUUGUCUACAUGGCAAUCGUCUUCGACCAAUACUAUUGAUCAAACCCAAAGGUAAAGACAGCAGCGGUGUUACAUUGCGGGUUCAUGCUGUGCCCCCUCCAAACUUCCUCAAACCCAGUCGCUUUCAUCCUCAGAAGAACAACGUCAGGACAGAGUGGUUUACUGGUGUUGCCAAUAAUCAACAAGAACGCAGUGAGCCUCCUACACCCCAUUAUAACAGCACGAUUCUUGGAGAUCACCUCCCUCUCUCACACUUACAGUUCCUUUCAGCUAAUAGCACACAGUGUCCUGCAUUUAGAGAUGUUGUGGCCCUUCUCAAAGUUUGGCUGAGACAGAGAGGACUGGACCAGGGUGCAGGAUGUUUCUGUGGGUUCCAUGCUUCCAUGUUAUUGGCUUAUCUUCUGUCCACGCACAAAGUUGGCAAAAGCAUGAAUGCCUACCAGCUGUUCAGGAAUGUUCUGCACUUCUUGGCUUCCACAGAUCUGACCAAGAACGGUAUCACCUUGGCUAAGAAUGCUGACACAAAAGCUCCCUCAGUACCUGAAUUCCAUAUGGCAUUCUCUGUGGUUUUUGUGGACCCUUCUGGACACCUUAAUCUGUUUGCAGACAUGACAACUUUUACCUACAAACAAAUCCAACAUGAGGCGUUGCUUUCACUUAAAAUAUGGGAUGAUCCUACAGUAGACUGCUUUCAGGCAUUGUUUAUGACGACCAAAUCCAUGAUCAGAACAUAUGAUAAUGUUUUCUACCUCAGUGAGCUGGUCAAGUUGCAGGCUUCCUGUAAGAAGCUUUCAUUGCUGAAUGAGCUCAUGGACCACAGCGGGAACUAUGUCCUCGCUGCAUUUCCUUUCAUUUUGUCCCUCUUGCAAAAAGGACUUGGAGAAAGAAUCCACCUUCUGGCACAUUCACUGCCUCCUGACCCAGAGUGGUCCGUAGAUAGUGCACCUCCAAAGCACAAGAACCAACCACCAUUAUGCAUUGGCCUGCUACUAAACCUUCAACAUGCUCUUUCUAAUCUGGAGAGAGGACCACCAGCAGACAGUCCCAAGGCCACGGAGUUUAGGCAGAUGUGGGGUUCUCGAUCAGAGUUGCGACGCUUUCAGGAUGGAGCCAUCACUGAAGCAGUGCUGUGGUCUGGAGGAUCUGUCUGUCAGAAGAGACUCAUUUUAAGGGAGAUUAUUUCUCACCUGCUACAGCUUCAUGCAGACAUUCCUGGGUCGAGUGUCAGAUUUGUCGGACAGCUUGACAGCCUCAUCACAGUUGACAAAGAGAACCCUACUACAGGAGAGGAGGAGAGUCUGAAAGUGAUUCAGGCCUAUGAGGAUCUGAGCAGGAAGCUCUGGCAGUUGGAGGGUCUACCACUGUCUAUAACGUCAGUCCAAGGAGCCCACCAAGUCAUAAGAUGCACACAGGUUUUCCCACCAGUUCCUGUAAAACUGGAUUAUUCGUUUUUUGAUGGAGAGAAGAAUCCUGUUGGAUUAAUGCCAAAAGCAGACAAACCCUGUCCUUAUUACAUCACCCCUAUUAAAGUCAUUGUUCAUAUGGAGGGGAGUGGAAAAUGGCCCAGCAACCGUUUGGCAAUACAUCACAUUAAAGCAGCAUUUCAUGUCUGCUUAGGAGAGCUGCUUAACAAGCACCACAAAUACAGAUAUCAUGCCAAACCCACCUACCUGGAUGUGUGGAAGGAUGGUCUAGCCUUCCGCAUCCAUGUAGCAUAUCACAGGGAACCACAGAUCUUGAGGGAAGCUCUUACUCCAGAGGGAAUGCUGAUCUAUAGGGACAACCCUGAGGCCCAGUCCUUGGAACUGGAAACACAACAUAAACCUUACCUUACAAGCACCCUGCAUGGCCUUCAGCAGCAGCAUGCUUGUUUUGGUGCAGUGUCUCGUCUGUCUAAACGCUGGUUGGCAUCUCAGUUUUUGUUGGAAGACAUCCAAGAGGAACCAGCUGACCUGCUGGUGGCUUCACUGUUCCUACAUUCUGCUCCCUUCGAUCCACCAAGCUCACCUCAGGUGGGGUUCCUUCGCUUCCUCUAUGUGCUUUCCACUUUUGACUGGCGAAACAAUCCACUGAUAGUCAACCUAAACCAGAAACUUACAGCUGCUGACUAUGCACAGUUAAAGAAUGACUUUGUGGCCUCUAGAGAAUCUCUUCCCGCCAUGUUCAUUGCCACACCCAAUGACAAGACCGCUUCUGUUUGGACUAAAGAAGCCCCUUCAGUUCAGAUGCUCCAGCAUGCUGUUAUGUUGGCAGCAAAGAGCCUGCAAGUUGUACAGGCACAGCUUGUUAACUCCAGCCUAAAACAAGAUAUCCGGGUGGUAUUUCGGCCUUCUCUGGAAGCUUUUGAUGUUCUAAUUCAUCUCAUUCCAAAGCAGGUGCCUUUGUUAGCUAAGGCAGUGGACCCUCCGCUUGCCACUUUCCAUCAGGGUUUCUUUAAAGGAUCAGCCAGCACAGAAAGAGCUCUGCCAAUCAUUGACUAUGAUCCAGUUAGACUGUAUCUGUCUGAACUAAGGGAGGCAUUUGGAGAUCUAGCUCUGUUUUUCUAUGACCCAUUUGGCGGAACAGUGAUUGCUGUGCUGUGGAAACCAAAAGCCUUUGAAGCUCAGUCCUUUAAGACAACUUUGAUGAAUGCCCGCAAAGUGGAGGUACAUAAUGACGUGGUCUCCACUGUGCCCAACGUAGAGGCCAUCUUGCAGGAUUUCCAGUUAAUCGGAGAGGGUCUUGUCAAAACAGUGGAGUUAAGGACAGAAAAAUGGGUUAUCUAAGAUGUGACCGUAUAACUGUAUUGUUGUUAUUAUUAUUAACACAAGGUUUCAUUGAACCUUUAAUCCAUUAAGUAUGAGUAACCCAGUUUGGGUUCCUUGGCCUAAAAUCAGUCUCACAAUCUGGCAAGAAUGUCCUACCCUACAAUUACAAGUUAAAAGUAAGAACAAGCCUACGACCAUUAUUGCUUGUUGCAUCUUUACAUAAUUGUCAAUAUUGAAAUAAAUAAUAGAAUGAUAAA